CUUCUAUGCAUUUAUUAUAUCUCGGGGGAGAUCCUCAGGGUCCUCCAGUGAUGGUUCCAUUUGCUUUUGACCUUGGAUAAUUGCAUCUGAAGAAAUCUGCCGAGCCGUUUGUUUCUAUCCAUCUACAUACUCCGGAAGGAACCAGCAAAGAUGGUUGUCGUGGGGCUUGACACGUCUGCACUCCAGGAGAUCCAGAACAGGCAGAAGGAGCUGCUCGACAUCAUAGACAGCCUGCGAGAUCAGGAUAUCGGCAGGUAUGUCGAACUCCCCCAGAUCAUCGUCGUCGGCGAUCAAUCCUCUGGCAAGAGCUCUGUGCUCGAGGCCAUCUCGCGGGUUCGGUUCCCGUCCAAGAGUGGCCUCUGCACCCGCUUCGCUACCGAGCUCGUCCUUCGGACAUCCAGGGAGCCGUCCAUACAAGUGACGAUAAAGCCCCGACCCGAGGAGCCUGACGACGUCAAGAAGAAGCUCGAAGAGUUCAACAACACUCAGUUUGAGAAGGCCGAUUUGGAGGACAUCAUCAAACAAGCCAGCGGGCACAUGGGUCUUGAUGAUAACGGAGGCUGGCAUCGGUUUUCCAAGCGCAUUCUCCGGGUCAAGGUGUCCGGUCCCGAUGUCCCCCAGCUGACACUUGUGGACCUCCCCGGCUUCUACCACUCCGGGGACAAGGACCAGCCACUGUCGGGUCGCCACGUCGUCAACGGGCUUGUCAAGGAGUACAUGGAGCAAAAGAGCAGCAUCAUCCUCGCCGUCGUGUCUGCGAAUAACCUCCCCAUUAUGCAGCAGGUCAUCGAAGAGAUCGACGGCCACGACAAGGACCGGCAGCGCACUCUCGGCAUCAUAACAAAGCCGGACAAGCUGGACAAGGGCAGCGAGGACGAGGCCGUCUAUCUGCAGCUCCUGAAAAACACCCGGGACUCGUCGCAUUACCUCACGCACGGUUGGCAUGUCCUCCGAAACCGUGCCGAACACGAGGCCCGCGGCUUUAGUUCCAGAGACAAGACCGAGAGCGAGCUGUUCCAGUCAGCCCCAUGGGCCUCGGUCCCCACCAGGAACAAAGGUAUCGCCAGUCUGCGCGACAAGCUGAGCCGCAUGCUCCUCAAGCACAUCGAACGCAGCCUCCCACGCGUCAGGAAGCACAUCGAGCAGAACAUCAAGGACCGGGAACGAAUUCUGGGUGCGCUAGGAGAGGAGCGCUGCAACGAGAGCGACUGGCGAGGGUACCUGGAGAAGAUGGCGCGCAAGUUUACGGGGCUCGCCGAGCAGGCCGUCGAGGGCAGCUACACGGACGACGAAUUCUUCGGCGACAUCUGCCCCGGGACCGAGCCUGAGGGGGACCGGGGCCAGAAGAACCUGCGAGCCCAUGUGCGCCGCCUCAACCGGACGUUCGUUGCCGUCAUGCACAAAAAGGGGGCCAAUCGCGUUAUCCAGUGGCGAGACAAGGCCGACGAGGAGCCAUGGGUCUCUGUGAGCGUUCCCCCAGAGUUGGAAAAGCUCGCGGCACGAUACGAUGUCAACGAUCCAGUGCCGAUUACCCAGGAUGAGCUGGAACAGGAUAUCCGGAAAUGGGCGGCCGUGUUCCUUGGCCGCGAGUUCCCGGGAUCGUACAACACCAAGUUGGCACUGAAGCUCUUUGAAAGCCAGGCCAAGCCCUGGGAAAGUAUCGGAACCCGCCACAUAGACCUGGUCAUGGAGGCGGCCGAGUCUUUUGCAAAUGCAGCGCUGUCCCAUGUCAUGGGAGACGACGAGAAAGGUCGGAAUAGAAUUGUCGCAGCUUUCGUCACUCCGUUCUUCCAGGAGAAGAAGCGCGAUCUCGAGAGCAAAUUGCAAGAGUUGCUACCACGGUACAAUAAAACGGGAUUCUCGUUGGCUCUGGAAGAUGCCUUCGAGCAGCGAAUAACCGAGCGAGCGAUGCGACUAGUCGACAGGCAAGUCGAAACAAUGCUGGACGAUGCCGCUGUCAAGGUCCCGGAGCCAGCUAUGAGGGCUCUGAAGAACCCUGAGUUUGCCCAAGUGGCCAUGAAUCAGCGUUACAGCAGCAUCCAGCAGUUUGGAAUCGAGCGCGUUGUUGAUUACAUGGUGGAGUACUACGGGAUGUUGAUGCGGAGUUUCACAGAGAACAUGGUCAUCUUGGCGGUCGAGAACCAGCUCAUGUGCGAGAUGCCCCGAAUCUUCACGACGGCUAAGAUUGUGCGGUUGGAUAAGGACAUGCUGGAAAAGUUGGCGGGGGAGUCCGAUGAUGUGCGGUCUACUCGGCAAGAGAUAAAGGCGGAGCUAGCUUCGCUGAAGACUGGUCUCGAAUUGUGCAGCAAGUGGCGGCAGCCAGACUUGAAGGGCAUCGGGAAGUCUCAGCCGUAAUCGGUAGCAUGUUGCAUCGAUAGGAUCGCCAUGUGAUAGCCUGUAAUUCCAAUGUGAAGCUCAUUUCUUAUCGGAAA